AUGGGUACAUCUGUUAUUCAAGUGACAGCCACAGAUGCUGAUGAUGCCAAUUAUGGAAACAGUGCCAAAGUGGUUUACAGCAUCCUCCAAGGACAGCCAUAUUUCUCAGUGGAUCCGGAAACAGGCGUAAUUAAGACCGCUUUACCAGACAUGAGCAGAGAAAACAGGGAACAGUAUCAAGUGGUCAUCCAGGCCAAAGACAUGGGAGGUCAGAUGGGAGGACUAUCGGGGACGACCACCGUGAACGUCACACUGACAGAUGUCAACAACAAUCCGCCUCGCUUCCCCCAGAGCACCUACCAGUUCAGCUCUCCAGAGUCUGCACUACCUGGAACUCCCCUUGGCAGAAUUAAAGCCAAUGACCCUGAUGUGGGUGAAAAUGCAGAGACCGAGUAUAGCAUCUCAAAUGGGGAUGGGUCAGACAUGUUCGAUAUCAUCACUGACAAGAACACUCAGGAAGGGAUUAUAACUGUAAAAAAGCAUAUGGAUUUUGAAAACAAGAUGUUAUACACCUUAAGAGUGGAAGCAACCAAUACCCAUCCUGAUGCUCGUUUUCUUCAGCUGGGGCCAUUCAAAGACACAGCUUUAGUCAAAAUUUCUGUGGAAGGCGUAGAUUUGUUCAGCAGGCCCUGGUAUUUAAUAGAGGUAGAUGAAGAUGCCAAAGAAGGAAGCAUUAUUGGGCAGGUUGUAGCCCAAGAUCCAGAUAUAACAAAGAAUGCAAUAAAAUAUUCUGUGGAUCGACACACUGACCUUGACAGAAUAUUCAACAUCUAUUCAGGAAACGGAUCCUUAUUCAUCUCAAAGACACUUGACCGGGAAGAAAGUCCCUGGCACAACAUCACUGUCAUAGCAACUGAAAUCAAUAAUCCUAAACAAAGUAGCCAGAUACCUGUCUUCAUCCGGAUUUUAGACAUAAAUGAUCAUGCACCAGAAUUUGCCAAGUAUUAUGACACAUCGGUUUGUGAAAAUGCAAAAGCAGGACAGAGAUGA